CGUAAUUUGAAACUACAGGAGCAAAUUGACGUGUAACUGUAGAGUGGUUUAAUUAAUUAGCGAACAGCUGAGAUACCAGGAGUUGCGGGCUACGAAGGAAGAAAAUCAGCGCUGGGCUCAUGCAGCAGUAUGAAACCGAUUGGCAUAGGAGUUGUAAUUCGAAGUUAUGUGUGUUAACACUGAAGUGACAAUGUUUCAGCAUGUGUACUGACAUCAUGUGGUGUGGCGUAGUUACUGCAUUCAAGCCGUUGAGCUUCUGUGUUUGGAAACUGACAGGUACAGCUCAAUUUGUGGGAGUACCUGCCUUUAUUUUGUGUUUUACAAUAAAUUUAAGGAUUUUGGUGGUUAAUUAUUAUUAUUAUUAUUAAUAGAUCACUUUGGGAAGUAGCGAUGUGUUGCUGAAAUUAAAAUUAGAUUAAUAGAUUGUCAGUACCAAACUCUCUUUGGUUUCCACUUAGUUUUCAGCUGCAAAAAAGGCAUGGCCCUUUUGUAGAAAUUCUUUGCGAAUUACAGAUGAAUGAAGAUGUUUUGCUAGCUAAUAUAUUAAGUAUGAGAAUGCUUUGUUGCAACCCAACUAAUAAGCCUUUUUGCACAGUUGAACAUUUUGCAGUUGUUGAGGUGAAAGUAAUAGCAUAUAAUUCACAUAAUUUUCCACUUAUUAAGUUACUGUAUGGCUCUUGUUGCUUUGUCUACACUGGUUAAAAUGAAUAAAUGCAUUACUUUGUUAUUCUAAACUCUUUAACAAAACUAAUAUUGUGACAGCCCUUCUCAGUUAUUCCAAGUGUUUUUAAAUAUGACAUAUUUGAGCAUACAGAAGUAAAUUUGCCAGAAGUGAUGUUUGACUGAUUUGAUUAUACUGAAAUAAUGUCAACAAUCUCAUAAUUGGAACAGCAAACGCAGAGUAACCCAAAGUCCACAAGCUUAGUUUAACAAAUCUUCAAAGAAAAUAUUUGACCAGUCACAUCUCGUUCCUGCUCCAAAAUGUGUUCAGCCAACACCAGAGCUGCUGACGAGUGUGUUUGUGCAUGUACAUAUUUCUUCUGACAUGCAUUUGGACCAACAACUUUGUGUGACCACAGUUUUUAGCAUGUUCCUGUGUGAUAGAAAUUGUGGGUGACAUCAUUACUUUUAGUUAUUAAGCACGUAGUUCUUUUUCAAUUCUACUUUACUGAAAAAUGGAGCCCCUUAGACACAAGUCAACAAGGGGUGUUUGUUCCUAAUUUGGUCUGGGUUUUUUCCUGCCUGAAAAUGAGUAUUUAUAUAUUCACAUCAGCGAGCCAUAGGGGCUUUCCAGCAGAGAUGAUGGCAAGACAUUAAACAAAUCGUGUGUAACGACGUGAUCAUAAAACACAACUCUGUGGUGUCCCACGCAGACCCGUCAUUAUAGCAAAAAACAACAAAUACACACACCAUUCUCAGCAGGCUAUUUACAGACACGAAACACAUCCUCACACACACACACACACACCCCACACACGUUUUUUCUCUCCCCGUCUUCAUAAAAGGUGAAGAAUGUGCUGUUUAUUUUUCAGUAGGUUGUCAUGAAUGUGUGUGCGAGUAGGCCUGAUCGCCGAGAGGUUAUCAUAAUCGGAUUUGCCUCAAUUUAUUUUCUGCUUGUUGUAAAUUCAGCUUGUUAUUGGAUUAUCCCCCUGUGCCACCUGUGCUUCAAAGUUUUGGAACACAUAUUAAAGAAGAGCACAGCAAUAACAUUGGCAGAUUGAAAUUAUUAACUGAUAUAUUUGGAUUAAUGUUUUCAAUACAGGGCAGCACGUUGGUGUGGUGGUUAGCACUGUUGCCUCACAGCAAGAAGGUUCUGGUUUCAAAGGAGUUUCCGUGUUCAACACUGUUUACAGCUCCUCAGUAAAUUUUCAUUGACCAGCAGCCAAAUGUCUGAGCAGCAGCCACUGAGCCAGCCCCUGCAAACUGAAGAGCCAUUGCUGAAUGACCAGGAGAUGCAGUUCUGGCUGGACAAAGCAGUGGCAUGGGGCCAGGCUGACAGUCCGGACACGCAGAAAGACACCUGCCUACAUAUGAGCAGACUUAGGGAUUUCCUCCACCAGCUUCUUACACAAGUGAACAGCAUGAGCUCAACAACAGAAACCAUGAAGAGGCUGCCCUUCUUAGGCCAGCUUUUGGGUCGGCUGUGCUGGAAUCCUUAUAUCACCGUGUGUGAUACAAGCAGAGGGCUGCUGCUUGGGUGUCUUUGGGGACUGUACUCAGAGCGUCCAAGCAAUGCUGUGGAGAAAAAAGCCAACCAGUGGAUACGGAAAGUAUUGUGUCAGCUUUCCACAGAAGAAGAUGAAACUGCAGCACAAGCGUUAAUGAAGUGUACGGGUGUACCAGCUAAAGAGUACCACCUUAAAGUCCUGAGAAAGAAGGUGGCGCUGCUGCAGGAAAACGUUGGACAAAGCUGCACAUUAUUUAACAGUCAGAGGUGUUCAUGUGACAGGAUUGUGGAUAUAUCAAAGGCAUGCAUCCCCAUUGUCACUUGUCCCGAGGCAUCUUCUCUCAUUAGUCUAUUGCUACAGCGGCCGGUGGCUUGUGUCACAGAAGCUCUCAGUGAAGACUUUCUGAAUGCUUUGACCUCUGCUUACUCAAGGCAGGGUUUGGCAUUGGAGGAGCAGGCCUUGGUAUCUCUGUGGUAUCACAGCUUUUACAGCCUGGAAGAAGCAGUCCUCAGUCUGUUGCAGUCUGUUAUAACUACAGGGUUAACACCACAGAAGCUAGAGCAACAAGUAGCACAGUCACUGCUGCCUAAAGCUUGUGCUCAGCACUGCUCAAUAUUCUUGGUUGUAAAUGACAUCUUUAGGUCCAUCCUUAAGCAAGCUGAAGGAAAUGAGUCUGUUAAGACUCUGGUCCAAACCUUUACCAAGUGUUUCCUGAGGGAACUGGCACUGCUGAAGCCUCAGACAAGCAUAUCUGUGAAAGCCUUCUUCCCACAGUCGCCUUCAAGUCUGCUGGUUCCCCUCUUGACGAUGCCAUCAGAGAUGCCUCAGGGGGCUUGGAGAAAUCACCUGAACUGGCUGAGCAGCUCAUUACAGAGACUGACAGAGGAGGAAGAGGAGGGAGACGGCAGAAGCACCAGGGGGCACCACAACGUGUUUGAGGCCUGGUUCCUGCUGGUUCAGUGUGCCCACUGGGUACAGGUGGCUGUCCAGCUGCUGGUCACAUCUGGGACUGAAGAUGGUGAUCCCUUCCUGUGGCUGUUGAUAUUCUACCACUACCCCACCAAGAGGUGGCACCACAGAGCUUCACAGCUGGCACGGGCCAAAGAAGCUUGGAACCACAUACGCACUCUUUUCUCAGGCGCAGCUCAUCCUCUUCCCAGCGACCGCCUGCAGUCACUGGGCACGCUGGUUUCACCACAACCUGAGCAGCAAUCAUUUGCUCCAUCAUUGACUGUCAGCCUUUUGGUUAAUGUUGCCGUUUUCUGCCAGCUACCACCAAGUGGCUCAGCAGAGGUUUUACAGGCGUCAGUCCAGGUGGUGGAUCAGUCUGGUCUGCUUGAUGAAGCAGCAUGUGUUCUCAGCUCACUGGAGCUCAGACUAAACGAAGGAUGCUGUUUAUCAAGAGACACAGUUCAUCUAAGGAUCAAGGAACUUCAAAAGACGAUAACGCAAAUGCAUUCAGAGUGAGCAAUAGGCACACACGCACAAUUACAUACAAAAUUGUACAAAACCACGCAACUGUGCGCUCAUCCCUGGGCUUUUAGCUCGUUUGCAGAAUAACAAAUAGCCAUGCUCUCUUGUUGAUAUACCGUGGAGCGGUGACAGGACUGUGUCAAAACAACGGAGCCAGGUCACAGACAUACGCACACAACAAACAACUGCCGAGGCCCACAAGGACACUCUGCGUGACAGAUCACGCUGCAUAGCAGCAGCAGCUCGUACGACGUGUCAGAGUCCUCCCACUCUCAUAAUUGCCUCACAAUAUAAAUCCUUCAUGCUACACAUGCCGACUGUAAGACGUAGGUUUGUGGGGAGGAAAGCCAAAUGCCAGUUAUCGUCGUGUAAUUACUGUUUCUGGCUUGAAAAACAUGCUCCAACUGUGCUGAGUGUAUGAUAAAUGUAAAUGAUUAAUGUCACUCAUGCAGAUAUUUCUGUAUGUACUUGUACUGUAUGUAAAUAGCUUUAUUGUUUGUAAAGCUCAAGGUCUAGGUCACAUUUGAUUUAAAACUGGAAGCAAACGGUGCUUUUAGAUUACACUUACUGUUACUACUAGCUGACUGCUGCUGGAGUUGGACAGAAUGUAAACAAAUACAUGUGCAUGUAUUUAUGCAAACUAUGCAUGUAUAGUUUGUAGAAGAAUUAAUUUUUGGCUUCUUUCAUUAUUCAGGAAAUAGUUUUUGUUGUAUGAUGCAUCAUUCAAAUGAAAAAUUAGUGAUUUCUGGAAUUUGUGCGCUUAAAAAUGUCAUUGAACCAUUAAGUAUUAGCAGAACAUUAGUGCUGCGCUGUUUUUUGUUAUUUUUAUGCUCUGGAUUUGUGAAACAAAAGAUAUACAUCCUCAUAUUAAUCAAUUAAAUGCACUUGUUAUGAAACACCUUAUUAUAAGUCUCCUCGCCUUCUUAUCCUCUGCAUGUCAUAGUGGGACAUAAGACCACAUCAAGUUCCCUCCACGCUGAGCUUCCCUCCAGGUGUAGCCCAUCUCCUGUAGCUCUGCCGCAACAUUUCUCCUCCAGGUGCUAUGGAGUCUGCCUGGCUGUAAUAAGUGUCUCGGAU